GUCUGUAUAAGAUUCCCAGCUGCAGCAGUGUGGUUUGUCUCUCUCUUCUGCAGCAUGAAGAGAGUACUUGUCCUGGUGCUGCUGUCCUCAGCAGUGCUGCUUUGCAGCUGCUUUCCAGGUUUUGAGUCAGUAACAUGCAGUGAGGAUAGUGGUAAUGCAACGGCACAUCUGGCAAUGCAUCACAUCAACGAGCACCAUGACCAUGGCUACAAGUUCCGACUCAAUGAGAUCCAGGGUAACAAAGUGGAAAAGGUUGGCGAAGGCUGUGAUGUUACAUUACAGUUGGACCUUCUGGAGACAGUGUGUCACACUGUCAACCCUAAAAACUUUGAAGACUGUGAGAUCCGCGAAGAGAUUAACCAGCAAGUGAUGGCCAACUGCACUGUUAUGGUGACUGUAGGAACUGGUGAUGCCAAAAUCACGAAAUAUGAGUGUGACACACAACAAGUAAAAUCUAAUGUGGAGAUGAUCAGAAUCUGCCCCGACUGUCCCAUAUUGAUCCCACUCAACAGCCCAGAAGGUCUCAAGUCUGUUAAUGAAGCUGUGAAAGAAUUCAACAAGAACAACAGUAACCAGCACUACUACACCCUGCAGGAAGUGGGACGCAUAAGAUCUGGGUACAUGAUGAUGGCAGGGAUGAGCUACUAUGCUGAGUUUGCCCUUGUGGAGACUAAUUGCCCAAUGGGAUCCAGAAUCAUCCCUGAGGCAUGUAAACCCCUGUGCCCUGACAGAGCUCGUCAUGCUUUCUGUCGUUCAUCUUAUUCAAGUGGAAAUGGGCUCCAUUCUGUUGAAUGUGAAUUUUAUCCUCCAUUGAACACCACUGCCCUUGGCCCUGGUGAGCAGGAGCCCAUAUGUAGGCACUCUCCCAUUCCCUAUGGCCGACCUCCCUAUGCCAGUGGUGAAGGACAUCCUCCCCAUGCCGGCGAUGGAGGACAUCCUCCCCAUGCCGGCGAUGGAGGACAUCCUCCCCAUGCCCGUGGUAAAGGACAUUCUCCCCAUGCAGGCAGUGGAGGACCUCCUCCUCAUGCAGGCAGUGGAGGACCUCCUCCUCAUGCCGGUCGAGAGAGAGUGCACCCCCUCCAACCCUUCCAUCCCUGCCAUGGAUUCCUGACCAAUUCUAACCCAGCUCUCCACCCUAUUUGCCCCUGGCCUCAUCCUGGACCCCGUCCCAACCCAAAACCGAGCCAGUCCUGAGAUAUACACAAUUUAAAGGAACCAUGGCUGUAUGUAAUGUAUGUAAGAAAUGCUUCAGUCCUUACAAAAUAUUACAGAACAUGUCAAAUAAACAUGGUCAUGGUGUCAUACAAA